UCCUGUGUUUUUUUUUUUCUCCCCCCUCCCCUCCCCUCCCCCUCCCUCCCCCAGCCUGAGGGGUCUUGAGGUGACAGCGACUGCAACUGCGACUACAGCGGCGGGAGGAGAAGAUGGACAGGAGGAAGGCCGGGCGACGCCGAUCUCCAUCGGAAAUUGUCACAGAAGGAAAAAGGAAAAAGACUUCAUCUUCUGAGUUACAUAAGAUAACAAAGAUAUUAGAUGCAAACCCAGAAGAUGUUCGUGUGAAAUCACCACUGUCCAAACUCAGAAGCUCAGAACGGUGGGAUCUCCCUUUGCAGGGGUGGGAAAGAAGCCGAAGAAACAACGUCCUUUCUCUAGACCGUAAAAGUAAAAAAGGUGUUCGUGGGCGUCCUGUCACUUCUAAGACAUCAUCAGAAAGGCAACUCAAAGUUAUGUUGACGAAUGUCCUAUGGACGGAAUUAGGACGAAAAUUCAGAAAGAUUCUACCUAGAAACGAUGCUAAUUUAUGUGAUGCCAACAAGGUGCAAUCAGACUCAUUGCCUUCGACAUCUGUUGACAGCCUAGAGACAUGUCAAAAAUUAGAACCUCUCCACCAAAGCCUUAAAUUAUCUGAAAGGAUACCCAGAGUUAUAUUGACGAAUGUCCUGGGAACGGAUUUAGGAAGAAAAUACAUAAAGAUCUCUCCUGUAACUGAGGCCACUUUGGGUGAUACAGACAACUUGCAAUCAGAGCAGCUUUCUUCAUCAUCUGAUGACAGCCUAGAAUCUUGUCAAAAUCUAAAUCCUCACAAGAGCUUCUUUUUAAAUGAAAGGGGUUCUCAACCAAAUAAGCCAGUAGAUAAGAAUUGUUCAAGGCGGGCUACACAUAUCAAAGAAAAGAGAAGAGGUAAUGGUGGCAUUUCUUUUGUAGUGUCUGAUGCUCAGUCUAAAGACCUUAACAGUGAAAGUAGAGGUUGUGAUCAUCUUGAAGAGGGGAGCAGAAACAAGAAUGGUACAUGUUCUGAUUCAAAAAUGGAACCUACUAUGAUUUCCAGGAAGAGAAAGAAAAGGCUUAGAAGUAAUUUACCUGAUUCUCAUAAUUCUACUUCUUUGUAUAAAUCAGCAGAACUGACUAAAGAACAAGAAAAUGACUCAACAGUAUCGUCUGAAUUUGAAAAGCCAAGUGAAAACCAUGAUCAAGAUCCAAAACUGCUUAAAGAAAUUACACCUGAACCUAUGGAAAGUGACUUUACUGAGCGAUCUUCACUUGCUGGUCAGGAAUUGGCUUUGAGUACUGCUCCCAAAAGCACCCCUGACUGUUCAGUUACUGAAACUGUUGAGAGCUCUAUUUCCACUGAUACUUUGGGGAAUGCUGCCCUGGUUGAGAAGGAUGAGAGUAAGUUGAACACAGUAGAAAAGCCUGUUUUAAGUGAACAGAGUGAAGGCAACCAAUCACUGAUCUCAGCCGAACCAAUUGUUGUUUCCAGUGAUGAAGAAGGACCCAUUGAACAUAAAAAUUCAGAAAUUCUCAAGUUACAAUCUAAGCAAGACCAUGAUGUCACUAAUGAGAAGGAGAGGAUUUCUGAAUCAGCAGUGUCAGAACCACCAUUGAUUACAUGUGAAUCAGUACAGGCUUCAUCUGAAUUAUGUCCUGCCAUGGAAAACAUUUCCUGUAUUAUGCCUAGUAAUGAGAUGGAUCUACAACUGGAUUUUAUAUUUACUUCUAUUUAUAUUGGUAAAAUAAAAGGAGCUUCUAAAGGUUGUGUUACAUUCACGCCGAAGUAUGUUAAGAUCCCAUUUCAAGUGUCCUUGAAUGAGGUUUUAUUGCUAGUGGAUACCACACAUUUAAAGAGGUUUGGGUUAUGGAAAAGUAAGGAUGAUGAUCACAGUAAAAGGAGUCUUGCUAUCCUUUUCCUCUGGGUCUCAUCACAUUAUCUUCAGGACAUUCAGACCCAAUUAGAAAACUCUAUGUUAAGCCAGCAAUCAAAAUCCAGUGAAUUCAUUUUCCUUGAGCUACACAAUCCUAUUUCACAAAGAGAAGAAUUGAAAUUGAAAGAUAUUAUGACAGAAAUAAGUACAACCACUGGAGAAUUAGAGCUUUCUUACCCAUUGUCUUGGGUUCAGGCAUUUCCUUUAUUUCAGAACCUUUCUUCGAAAGAAAGUUCUUUUAUUCAUUAUUACUGUGCUUCAACUUGUUCCUUCCUUGCUGUUGCUGCUGAAGAAAUAAAGAUGCAAUCAAUAUCUCAGCCCUCAAAUAUAGAUGCAGCCAAACCUAAUUACACCUUCCUGCAGAAGCAAAGUAGCGGUUGCUACUCACUUUCUAUUACAACUAACCCAGAUGAAGAAUGGCGAGAAGUCAGGCACACUGGACCUGUUCAGAAGUUGAUUGUAUAUCCUCCACCACCUACCAAGGGGGGAUUAGGAGUAACUAGUGAAGAUCUGGAGUGCUUAGAAGAAGGGGAGUUUCUUAAUGAUGUAAUUAUUGAUUUCUACCUUAAGUAUCUUAUAUUGGAAAAGGCAUCAAAUGAACUUGUUGAACGAAGUCACAUUUUUAGUAGCUUUUUCUAUAAAUGCUUGACGAGAAAGGAAAAUAACUUAACAGAAGAUAAUCCAAAUCUUUCAAUGGCACAAAGAAGACAUAAAAGGGUAAGAACAUGGACUCGCAACAUAAACAUCUUUAAUAAAGAUUACAUCUUUGUGCCUGUAAAUGAGUCGUCUCACUGGUACCUUGCAGUCAUUUGUUUUCCGUGGUUAGAAGAAGCUGUGUAUGAAGAUUUUCCACAAACCAUAUCCCAGCAAUCCCAGGCUCAGCAAUCCCAACACAACAACAAAACAAUAGAUAAAGAUCUACGUACUACUUCAGUACUAUCCUUGGGUACAGUGGAUUCCCAGAGUACUGAGACAAGUAUGUCAAUACCAAAGAAAGUGUGCAAAAGGCCAUGCAUUCUCAUACUAGACUCCUUGAAAGCUGCUUCUAUACAAAACACAGUUCAGAAUUUACGAGAGUAUUUAGAGGUAGAGUGGGAAGUUAAACGAAAAACUCACCGUGAAUUCAGCAAAACAAACAUGGUGGACCUAUGCCCUAAAGUUCCUAAACAAGAUAAUAGCAGUGAUUGUGGAGUAUAUUUACUGCAAUAUGUGGAAAGCUUCUUUAAGGAUCCUAUUGUUAACUUUGAACUUCCGAUUCAUUUGGAGAAAUGGUUUCCUCGUCAUGUAAUAAAGACCAAACGGGAGGAUAUUCGAGAGCUCAUUUUGAAACUUCAUUUGCAGCAGCAGAAGGGCAGCAGUAGCUAGUUAAUCUGCACAAAGAUGACAGAUGUUCUACACGAUUACAGGAAAGCUGCUUACCAGCAUUUGUGUUAGCCAGCUCACAGAGAAGAAAAUAACUUGUAGUAGUUUUAUAAGUCAUUGGCCUUUAUUUAAAAUAUAUAAGGUGUAUUAUUAGAUUGUUGGGAUCUUAUAGAUGGAGAGGAAAUGGGGGUGAGAUACAUAAACUUAUUAGAUAGAAAUGGAAAUUUCAUAAAUAUUUGAUAUUUUUCUGAUUUAAUAUGCUUGGAUUAUGCAAUAGCAUAUGUAAUGUGGGAAUGUUUUUGUAGAUAAUAAGACUAUGUGAUCUGUACUUCCACAUAACGGGAGCUGAGGGGAGCUAGGUCCUCCCUGCUAACAGCCCCAGUGCUUGUCAGAUUCUUUGACAAGUCACAUAAUAUUGUAAUUCUAUUCUUUGCAGCUCAAGCAUGCAGUAUGAAUACUGUGUAUUUUUUUUAAUGAAUUUAGUAUCAAGGCUUCAGAAAGUGCCAUUUAUGGCAUCCCUUCUGUAUGUGUAAAAGAAGACAUAAUGUUAGCAAGAUGAUAAAAAUCCAGUCUUUCAAAGCGCAGCUUAUUUUUCUCAUCUGCUAAAUGGAACCAUUACUCUGCUGUAAUUUUUUUCCCUUUUUUUUUUUUUUAAUUUCAUAUGUGGGGAACUGAGAAUUUAGUUCAUUCAGGGUGAAAUUUGUAACAAAAAAUGUUUUAAAAAUUAUAUAUGUAACUCAAUUUGAAGUAUAGUUAUAUACUGACUGCUACAUUACCCCAGAAUAUAUGUACACAAUUUAUGUAAGUAUAGAAGAUAAAAUUGGUGUCCUUAUAAUUUUAAUUAAAAAAUACCCUCAAAGUCUUAUUUAUUGUUAGAACUAAAUACAUAAUUUUAUAACUCUGUUACCCAGUAUUCAUCUGUAAAGCCAGAUUGUUAUCAUUGCUUUUAUAUUUUUAAAUUGGACAUUUUAGAGACCUGUAAUUCCCAUGGAGCUUACUUUUUUUAAUUAAAUGUUUAGGUAACAGUUAUAAAUUCAUGUGCUGAGGGUGGUAUUAUAGAAAUACUUCACAACCCUCUAAUGUUAUCAAGAAUAUUUUGAGGGGACAAUUAUAAUGUAUUUUCUCAGAUAAGGAAAAUUUUUUUUUAAAGAAUAUUUUAAUCUUCUGUUUUAAGCAUCUCUUGGAUUUACAUUGUAACUGUAUAUAAAGCAGUGAAACAAAGGAAAUUUCAGAUAAAGCUAAAAGUAGGAACAUUUUAUUUCAAAAUCAUGUGAAUUGAUAUUAUCAGUUAAGCCUCAGUGUUUUUAAGCUUUUGUUAAUCUUGUCACCAUCUUUAUAUUGUUAAAGGUAUUUGUCUUUUGGAAGUUUCCUAUAAAGAAUCUUAUAAUUACAUGUUUCAUUCCCAAUUUAUGUGUGUGUAGGAGGGGACUUUUUUAGGUGACUAUUAAUGGUUUCAUACAUUGAAUUUUGGUAAAGUAAAUAUAUAAUACAUUUUCUUGUGACUUCUUAACAUUUUUGUUUGUGUGUUUUUCAAAGAUACCACUGUCUUUUAUCAUGUUUUGAAGACUGUUUAAAAUUCGUUUUCCUAAAUUCAUGUGGAAAUGCUUUGAGAACAUCAACAUUUUAUAUUAAACAUAUUUACAAUUCA